CAAAUUACCGGGCAAAUAGAACUUCCUAUUUAAUGCGCUAUAAACAAGUCGCUAGUCGAGACGCUGUGUUAUUAUGUAUGCUGUAACUAAAACCGGCGACAUCAGCAAAACAAUUAAACUGAAUUGAUCGAAGAGUUGUGUGAAGUUGUUGGUAACGGUAUCGAUUGGGGGGACUCUAUCGCAAUCUCUAGUACCAAUGUUGACUUUCCGCGUGCGGACGUGAUUGAGAUAAACACAGACCAGUAGCAGACGGUACAUACCCCACCAAAAAAAAACUGCUUCUCUCCUACCUCAGAUGAGCACCAUGCACUGACAGCAACGCCCCUUUUGUUGUUUGGAAAUUUAUUUUUCGAAAUGCACCUUACGGUCACAAAAAAAUCAAAUGAAAGAGACAGUGGGAUUUUAAAAUUACUUUCUGUUCAGUCGACGAGAGGUAGCAAGAUGGAUCUGAAGACGAGACCUGUGUUGGAGUGUCGGAUGCCAACUCUGGUAACCAAGCCAGCGUUUCUUCUACCGUUUGACGACAUGCCGAAACAUAAGCGCCAAGCGCUGGGGUUGCAGAUGUUGGAAGCCAGUCCUCCUCGCAGCCUGAAGGACCUCCGCAACAUCAUCGCAGCCGAGCUGAAACAAGUUGCGAAGAAACUUUCUCGUCUGGAAAGAGCUUAUUAUGGAGUUGGGAAAAGUAUUCAAGACGAGGUCAACCGAUAUGUCAGUCCAAUCAAAGUUGUGAUGCGAAUGUUGACAAUUUUCGACUUUUCGUCAGGACGAGUGAUCGAAGACGCCAUCAAAGCAGGUCAGGAUCCGAAAAGAUACAAGGGCGAUCCGAACAAUAUCGCUUUGCUCAAGGAAGUGCACGCAAAGAUCAAGCAGUAUGUGCCAGAAAAGUUCACAGAAAUCUCUGACUAUUGUCUUAAGAUAUUGUCUACGAUAGAAAAGUACUGUGUUAGUUUCUACGACCCGGAGAAAGACGAGUAUCUAGAAACCGCCGCUCACUACCAACAGCAGAUAAAUAUGUGGAAGAGUACCAUCAGAAACAAUCUAGAAAAGGUUAAAAAGCUACAGAAAGACUUCCAUGAAAGAAUUAUUCAUUACACGAUGUUCACGUCACCAGUUGUCACAUUUUGUAAGAAAAAUGAAUGUGAACAGGUGCCCUUUCUCUUCCUUUUCGCAGACGCGUGUACCAAUAUUCGUGCCGCCAUGGCAAUCAUGACGACAUGGCUACAAGCAGACGAAAAUUACCCCAUUUUCUUACGCAAUGAUAUUGAUGACAUGGAGAGGAACAAGGAGGAGAAAGUUCGGUGUAUGCGCGACUCGAAGACUCGUUUUCAUUCGGUGACGUAUAAACUUAACCAUGCUGAAAUCGAACUCGAUACCGCAAGAUCGGAAAUCGAGGGGUGGAAGGAAAAGGAAGAAGCUUUGCGGAUAGAAAAAGACUACCUUUUCAACCUGCAGAGUGAGUUGCAACAAGAAUGCGACUUUAAGGAAUUUCGACGAGACGAACUCGCAAAAAACAAGGCUGACUUUAGUCCGGACGACUACAAUGAAACUUACGACAUGCUUACGGAAGAGAUCCGCUAUGUGCGGGACCGGAUGCCGUUAGUUAAACGACAAUUGGCAGCAGCCGAACAUAAAUUGGAGUGGAUGUCCGAAAAAAAGCACGCGAGCAGAAAGAUUGAAAAAGAAGUUAAACGCCUCAAACAAGAACUAAAGCAGGCAAAAGUAGAACGUCAGCAACGGGAGAGCGAGUUCACGGAGCUUGAAAAUGCACUAGAAGUUGCGAGACGCAUUCACCGGUACAAGACUAGCACAGACGCAGCCGAAAAGAUUUAUUUCUGCCUUCCCAUGGGACCUAAGCAAUCGCAGGUUCUUGGCUCUUUGGAUGACAAAAUGACAAAGUCCAUAGGAGUAGUCUGUCGUGAGAUAGACCAAGACUGGAUGCUUCUCUACAGAACGUUGCCAUUUUACCCACAACGAGGUUCUGAAACGAUCGAAAAAGACAUUGCUUCCGUCAACAUGGAAAGCGCAAGAGGGCCAAAAGAAGGACGGGCACUAGAAGCGUUGACCCGAUGGCGACGUCAUCAUACGCGCGCUAAAUUUGAUGACCUCAUUGAAGCUCUCAAGAAAAUAAAGCGGCAUGAUAUUGUGGCGGAAAUCAACAAAGUGUUAAAUCCGCCGAGAUUAAUGGAAGACGAAGAACAGGAGAUCUACGUGCCUCCUAGUGUGGCGCCAGAGUUAGUUCCCUUUUACAAAGAAUUGGAGAGAUACGACCAACUCAGGAAAGCUCAUAAAAAUCGAAGGAAGUCUGUGACACAGCAUAAAACCGCUCAAAAACAGAAGUCUUGACAAGUUUAUUGGGCACUCGACGAAUGCCAUGGAGCACACUCAUGACAGGAUCAGACUGUUUAUUUCGUUAAAAUGAAUUUUCUUGUUUAUCAUUAUUUUUUUAUAUACCUUUCUUAGAAAAAAAUAAAAUAAUUCUGCGUUA